AUGGCCUCCGCGCCAAAACCCUGGCAAAUUUGGUCUUCGCCGCAAUUUCGAAACUCCAAAGAGCCUUCGGGGCAAAAGGCCCCCCGCGGGCAGGGCCUGGCUUGCGCGAGCGACUGCACGUUCGAAGCCGCGCUGAAGAAGCCUGCAGCAGCAGCAGCAGCAGCAGCAGCAGCAGCAGCAGCAGCAGCAGCAGCAGCAGCGGCGGCAGCAGAGGCGGGCGGGUGGAGGGAGGGGCAAGGGGGGAGCAGGCGAGAAGGGAAGGAGAAGAAGAUGUUCGUAGCAGCAGCAGCAGCAGCAGCAGCAGCAGCAGUAGUAGUAGUAGUGAUAGCAGCAGCAGCAGCAGCAGCAGCAGCAGCAGUAGUAAUAGCAGCAGCAGCAGCAGUAAGGGGUUCGCGGCGAUCAGGGGUUUAG